GGUUGUGGCGUCUCCAGCUCUGACGCGUCCAGUCGGAGCCAGGUUCUCAUCCAGAAACGCUGAUUUUCUGGAUUUUAUUUGACAUUUCUGAACUCCAAACCCAGCCGAAGCCGACAUGUUACCGUUUCGCUCCACGGUGGCGCUCAAGGAGCUGUUUCAGAGCCAGCUGAAGCGGCCGCUGACUCGCAGAGCGGCAGCCGGAGUGAAGGAGGCGCUGCCCGCGGCUUGCUUCAGCUCCGCCGGCCCGCAGAGCAGCUCACCCGGCGGAGGGAGGCCGGUGUCCGGGUGGAGAGCCCCGCAGAGCCUGAACAGAAAGGCCGCCUUCAGGGGCUUCUGCUCCAAAGGUGACGGCAGCCAUGAAGCCGCCAAGGACUCAGCGGACAAGAGAAGGAAACCAGGCAUCCUGCCCAGCCUGGAGGACCUGCUCUUUUACACCAUCGCAGAGGGUCAGGAAAAAAUCCCUGCGCACAAAUUCACCACCGCUCUUAAAUCCACGGGGCUUCGAACAGGAGACCCCCGACUGAAGGAGUGCAUGGAGAUGCUGAAGGUGACCAUGAAGACCACCUCAGACGGAGCGCUGGACCGACACCUCUUCAAAAAAUGUGUCCAGAGUAACAUCGUCCUGCUCACUCAGGCCUUCAGGAAGAAGUUUGUCAUCCCAGACUUCCAAACGUUCUGCGCCCACAUCGAUGAUCUCUACGAGAACGCCAAAAACCUGUCCGGAGGCCAGGUGGCGGACUACAUUCCCCAGCUGGCUCGGUUCAGCCCGGACCUGUGGGGCGCCGCUCUGUGUACUGUUGAUGGACAAAGGCACACCGUCGGAGACACCAAAGUGCCCUUCUGUCUGCAGUCGUGCGUCAAACCGCUGAAAUACUCGAUUGCCGUUCACGACCACGGCACAGAGUACGUUCACCGCUUCAUCGGCAAGGAGCCGAGCGGCCUGCGGUUCAACAAGCUCUUCCUGAACGAAGACGAUAAACCUCACAACCCCAUGGUUAACGCAGGCGCCAUCGUCUGCACCUCCCUCAUCAAGCAAGGAGCCAGCAACGCUGAGAAGUUUGACUAUGUGAUGGACUUCAUGAACAAACUGGCAGGAAACGAGUACGUCGGUUUCAGCAACGCCACUUUUCAGUCGGAACGGGAAUCUGGAGACAGGAACUUUGCCAUCGGCUACUAUCUGAAGGAGAAGAAGUGUUUUCCUGAGGGAACGGACAUGACCUCCAUCCUGGACUUCUACUUCCAGCUCUGCUCCAUCGAGGUGACCUGCGAGAGCGCCAGCGUCAUGGCGGCGACUCUGGCCAACGGCGGCUUCUGUCCAAUCACCGGAGAGCGCGUGCUGAGCCCCGAGGCGGUGCGGAACACUCUGAGUCUGAUGCACUCCUGCGGCAUGUACGACUUCUCCGGACAGUUCGCGUUCCACGUGGGCUUGCCGGCUAAAUCGGGAGUCGCUGGAGGUAUCCUGUUGGUCGUUCCCAACGUGAUGGGCAUCAUGUGCUGGUCUCCUCCUCUAGACAAACUGGGAAACAGCGUGAGAGGAAUCCAGUUCUGCACGGACUUGGUUUCUCUCUUUAACUUUCACAACUACGACAAUCUGAGACACUUUGCAAAGAAACUGGACCCUCGCAGGGAGGGGGGAGACCAGAGGGUGAAGUCUGUAAUCAACCUGCUGUUCGCCGCGUACACUGGAGACGUUUCAGCCCUGAGGAGGUUCGCGCUGUCCUCCAUGGACAUGGAGCAGCGGGACUACGACUCGAGGACAGCGCUGCACGUUGCUGCUGCUGAAGGACACGCUGAGGUGGUCCGCUUCCUGCUGGAGGCGUGUAAAGUCAACCCCGUCCCUAAAGACAGGUGGGGGAACACGCCGAUGGACGAGGCGGUGCACUUCGGACACCACGAAGUGGUCACCAUCCUCCGAGACUACCACAACAAGUACAGCCCCCAGGACAGCGCCGUCGGGAAGGAGAGCGCAGAGAAGAACCUGGACGGGAUGCUGUGACGGAACCAUUCGGUCCUGCUCGUUAAUCCAACAUUAAUCUCUCCUGAUCAGAGCUUUAACUUUCUGAUCCAGACUAGCUGAAGCUCCACACCCCAGCAUAAACCACGUGUUAUUUUUGUCCCCGUGGACUGAAUGGAGCUCACCGUUUCCGUCAUUUUAUUCUGAAAAGUUGAAACAGGAAGCAGCAGGUGUUGUAGAGUUUCCUCGUUUCAAACUUUUCUCAGUUCAGCUUUGCCAGUAGUUGGAUGUCUGCGUGUGUGAGCGAUGUUUUGUUGUUGUAUACAAGAUGUAGCGACGUGUGUUUGUGUCUGCCAGGAGGAUCCGUCUAAUUCCUGGUGUGACUCCGUCCAAGUGCUGUUCUGUAUUUCUUCAGGUGAAUUCAGCUUUGAUCACAAAGUAUGACGUUGUUUUACAGAAACUAAAAUCAGUGUUUAACUUUAAAAUCUGGACAUCUAGUUGGUUUUUACUUUUAUUCCUGUAAAACUAGACUUCGUUUAUUUUCUCCGCUUGUUUUCCUCAUUAUUUAUUUAUUUAUUUAAAGAAACCGAUUAAAACCCGCCAAAGUUAUGAGGGUUUGUACAAAUCAGAUGUGACACUGCCACACUAGACAUGUUCCUGUUUGGACCGUUUUAGAUUUACGAAGAAUUAAAAGUGCACCAAACGGGAGGAAGCCUGUUCCAGAUAGUAAACGGUGACGUGGAGUUUCAGGGUUUUUUGUGACAAAAGAGACUCGUCUGUUUUUGAAGCUUAAAGCUGCUGAUCGUUGUGACACGUUUUUAUUGUUAAGCGCUAAAGAAAACUGAGAAUCUGAUUUGAAUCUACUUUUCACUCAACCUUUAUUUAUACAGGUUAAUCCCAUUCGGCCUCGGGGACUCGUUUACGAGGGACACCAGAAAACAGGUAAUCUGAUCCAGAAUCAGUCGAUGUUUCUCAGACAGGAAGCAGCUGAAUCUGGGUGGAUGUUGGUGUUAAGAACUUUUCCUUUUAGUACCUUUAAUCUCAUUUAAUGUGAAGUUUGUGGACAGAUGUCAACAUCUGUCUGCAGAAAGAUGAAAAACCUGAGCCACCGCAGGAAAACAUAUGAAAUAUUAAGAAUACCGUAUUUUCCAGCGUAUAUGUUGCACUUUGGCAACAAGAUUUAUUGUG